CAAUAAGUAAACUAGACGUGCAAACAUGGAACGGUGUUUAACUUUAUUAAUUGUGACAAUUUUCUUCAUAAAACUGUCAAGCGUUGAAAGUUUGAGGGUGCCGGAAAAUUUGGACGAGUUGAUUGAAUCGGGGGCGAAUAUUGCUUAUAUUAAAAGGUACAAUAAUGGAGAUGAUGGCGAUAAUGAACGCGGCUAUCAUAAAGUGUCGAACGAUAAGGGUGGUGAUGGAUACAAGCAUUUUGAUAGUUUUCACAAGACAGACUCUGAUAAAUAUGGAUAUGAAACGCAUUCGGCCUUUGGGAAAUCUGCCGGUAAUGAUGACGAAAGUGGAGAAAAUGUGAAAUAUACCCAGGAAGGUGAUAAACAAAAGGCGGACUAUGAAGAUGAACAAUACAACGAUAAGGAUGUGGAGGAGCGAGAAAGUAAAAACGCCUACAAGAUUGUGGACAAUGAAGGCGAUAGCAAUUAUUAUAGCGAAGGUAACGCCGACGCGGCCGCAGCCCUCGGUUACGUUGGAGAAUAUAAUGCAGGUGGUGGCGAUUCUAGAUUGUACGAUAACGGUGGUGAAACUUAUUCACAGGAACAACCAGAACAUUAUGAAGUAGAAGAAAAUGUUGACGAGGCGGACAACGAGGCGGGUAAUUACGAAUCUCGGGGAAAUGAAGAUGAAAUUGCAGCGUACGAAACUGACGGUGGUGAAGAAAGUGCUGGAGAACAUUACACGGCUCACGACGCCGAUUAUUAAAUAGAAAUUAAA